UAUUGUGCAGCCCUAGCACUUGUUCUACACAACCUGGUGUUAAAAGAAAAGUUUGCUCAGGGUAAGGUGAUCUCAGGUCUGUAUAGGAUCAAUGUGAAGGUGCAGCCAGCAGCGGAUGAGCUUAGCAAUAAGAACAGGAAACUAUUAGAACCAGUUAGCCAGGCUCCCUCUAAAGUAAAUGCCAUUUAUCUAGCAGCACCCACUAAUAAAUAUUAUAUUGUAUGUGUUCGUACUGUGUAAAAAUGUAAUUGUAAGAGAUGAGAAAUGAUUUUUUGGUGAAUUUUGUUAACCUGCUCUUUGUGCUAAGCUAACUGGGUGCUGGGUCUAGAUUCCGGAGACAUUGAUCCUGUGAUGGAACUCCACAGUAAGAAAUCGGAAGCUGUUAUUGACUUAUCCCCUGUUUAAUUAUCGCAUGGUUGAAGUUUAGAUUCUUCAUUGCUGAAUUAAAUAGUUUUUUUUUUUUAAACAAAGUGUUUCUAAUAAUGAUGUCAAUAGUUUGUUUGACCUCUCUAAGUCUUUUAUUGUCCAACAUAGCUUUGGCUGGUGGAGGCUGUGGAGCUGCGUUCUUUGCCCCAUACAAACGCACUGCUUCAUCAGUGGAAAUCAAUCGAUGUUAAAGUUGCUUCAGCUGGAGACCAAAUGUUUAACAGUGUUCUAAGAUUUUUACGGCGGCGCAAAUCCAAAUAUGCGUUAUUCAUUUUCAGGGUGAAAAGGUCAAUGAAACAGCACUGAGGCCUUCAUGUGUUUUUUGGUUCAAUGUAUAAACAGAUGUAUAGUUUUCACUGCAUUUGGUCCAUGUUUCUCAGUUUAAGUCCCUCAAAAAACAUUUUUCUGCUACUAAAUAUUAAACCAUUGAAGUCUGGAAAAUGUCUUGUUCUCUCAAAAUGUCAACAUUAGCGCUUGAGCAAAUGACCCUGAAAUGUUUUUUACAUUUUAAACACAGUUGCAGGUAAGAUAACAACUCCCUAUUUUGUCUGAAACAGCAGAGGUCCGCUCGAAAUAAUGAAGAAUUCUGCACUUUAAUAAGGAAGACUGGAUGUUAAAAGGGACUUGACAUCUUAUGUGUAAUUUGGCAUAUCCAACACCAGCAACAUCAAGUCAAGUAGCAAGAUUUAAUCAAUCUCCCCAUCAAGCCAAAUCACCAACGUCAGAGAGCUCCUCCUAAAAGCCCCUUUCUCCCCCUUUUGUACCCUGGGAGGUCCCUCGUAGAUAAACCUGAAGCACCCUUUAUAACCUGUCCAUCACAGCAUCAGCUGUCCCUCGGGACCAUAUCGCCUUGUUGUCCUUAGUUGUCCAGUGUCCAAACCGGUGGAUGUGUUUGCAUUGACGUCAAAGGAGCAGGCAGGAUGUAUAAAGCCCGGCGUCCUCUCCAGUCCUCCUCACAGGGACAUUCCACACUGGGCUCUCACCUGAGAGACACUGGCCGAUCACAAAGUGUACGCCUCAGUAUCUGGACACAACAAAGACAUGAAGCCGGUCCCACUGCUCCUACUCCUCUCCUCGGUCCUCCUCGCUUCGCACCUCCGCCCCGCCGCCGGCAGACCGCGCGCCGUGCCCGGCUGGCUGGAUGGCAGCGGCCGCCUCCGGGCGCAGCAGCUGGACCAAGCGCUCCUCGGAGCGGCCGAAGGCGGCGACGGCGCAGCCUCCGAGCUGCUGGGCGACGGCAUGGUGCGCUUUCUGCGCCAGAGAUCCCCAAGCCCUGCGCGCCUGCUGCCCCGGGAAGAGGACGAGAUGGCGAGGACGGCGGUGCAGCUGUUGAAAAGGAGCGAAGAAGCCCCGCUGUCCAUCGACCUCACGUUCCACCUGCUGAGGAAUAUGAUCCAGAUGGCCAAGAUGGAGAGCCAGCGGGAGCAGGCUCUGAUCAACCGCAAAGUCCUCGACGAGGUCGGGAAGUAAUUAAAGCUCUAUAUGUAUCUUUCUUUUUUUAAAUGCUAAUGACAACAGCCAAACCGCUGUCUAAGUAUUGAAGAUUUUUGACUUUAGUUGUUUCCUUGUGCACCUCCACUUCAUUUUACGCACACGUGGUGCCAAUUUACGCAUGGCCGAAACGCGCGACUAAAAUGUAAAUUAUUAACUGUUAUUUAAAGUCUCUGUUGCAAAAUAUGAAAAUUAACUUCUCACCCGUCCACUGACCGGUGGCUUCACCCCCCCCCCCCCCCCCUCCAACCACGAAACGACGACUUUUGGAAGAGAUCCUGUCGGGUGUCAUUUCUCGAUUUAACGUUUGGACAAAGUUGGACAUUUGAUUCAGAAAUGAUUUUUUUGGGGUUUCUAUCAUCGGUCUUUAUGAUCAAAUGUUUUGAUGCUUACCACCAUGUACCUGAAUAUGAGGUGUGCUUCCCAUUCCUAUACUUCAUAUAUCCAGUAAUGAGUGUUGUUCAGACAAACCUUUCUCCACAUUUUCCACCAAAACAUUUUGGUGAAAUAUAUAGUCACUGGAUUUAUGAUCACAUGGUGAACAAUCAUCCAAAUAAAAGCGUUUUCUUUUUCCUUAGUGUAACCUUGUUGGGGAUGAUCCUUCAAUGGACAUUCAUCUUAUGAUACUUUGAGUUUAACUAUAGUUAAACUCUUUUUAUGGGGUUUCUUUACCUUCUACAACAUUAUUAAAUGGGUCACUAAAGCAAAGUUACGUUCCUCAAAAACAAGUGGUCAUGGGGGGGACUAGAGCCUCAAGCUAAUGAUCAAUCUUUAGAAAUACGAAAAGACAACUUGUUAUAAGUUAUAAGACGGCGUUCCGAUGUUGAUGUUGUAACGGCACGAUUGUAAAUAGAUCUCAUCUAAAUCUAAAUAUGUAAUGUAGAUCUGAGGUAGAAAGAGAGACCAAAACACACUUGAUGUUGAUUUGUUUCCGUCUACAGCCUCCUCUUUCAGAUGGACUGGGUGCAUUAUCUCUGGUACUGUAUAACCUGUAGCAUGCUGAUCUUCAAAAACAAAAAAAAAUGUCUCGUUUACCCCAAAACAAUUAUGUCUGACAGUGCAAAAGAACAAAAAGCUUUUUUUGCCAUUUAUAUUUUUUAAUAAAAAAGUGAAAACA